UCUUUCCUAGCAUAGUAUAAAAACUCAGCCUCAGUAAUCAGAUGAUCAUCUUCACCCUGAGAUACUAGAGGAUAAACAACAUUUUCAUCAUCAUGGGUGAAUUGUCAAAAACGACUUUAAAACUUCAACUGUUACAGCUGAACUGCCAUUUUACUUGGACAUCGACUGAAAAAGGCAGUGAACUUGAUGAGCUAGAAGAAAGACUGUACGAUCAGCUGGAAUUUUUGACUACAAAAAAUAAAUAUAUGGUUCACAAUAUAUUAAGUUAUAUAAAACAUCUGAAUGGUGAUUACCCAGAAGCCAUUUCUCAUUUAGAAAAAGCUGAAGAGAUGAUUUCUGAAUCAUAUACGGAUAAAACAAACAGUAAAUACCUUGUGACCUAUGCUAACUAUGCUUGGGUCUACUAUAUGAUGGAAGACUAUGAAAAAUCUAACAUCUACUUAGAGAAGGUGAAAAGUAUUUAUAAAGAACAUCAACUUUCAUUGCACAAUAAUAUUGAGUUCUCUGAGGUAUAUGGUGAACAGGGAUGGUUUCUGCUGAAAAUUUCUGCAAAGAAUUAUGAGAAAUCUAAAGAGUGCUUUAAGAAGGCUCUUGAGACCGAACCAGAUGACCCUGAGUGGAACACAGGCUAUGCAACCGUAGUGUAUCGUAAGGAAGUUAUUGAUAGAAAUAAAUAUUCAAGUAAAAGAAAUGAAUCUUUACCAUUGUUGAAACGAGCUGUAGAACUAAAUCCCAAGGAUUCUGUGGUGAAGGCACUUCUUGGCUUGAAACUUCAGGAGUUAAAGCAAAAUAAAGAGGCACGAAAGUGGAUUGAAGAAGCUCUUGAGCAAACGCCAAAUCUCCCAUAUUUACUUCGCUAUGCUGCUAAAUUUUACAGAAGGGCAGGAAUGAUUGAUGAAGCUCUUUGCCUUUUAAAGAGAGCUGUAAACUUUAUCCCUAAUUCUGGAUUUCUUCACCAUCAAAUAGGAUUGUGCUACAGUCAAAAAAUGACCCGACUGAAAGGGUCACGAAAACUCGUUUCCAAUGACGAGGAAAUAAACAGACUUAUACAAAAUGCCAUAUUUCAUUUUGAAAUGGUCUUAGAAAAUAAAAAAUCUUUUGUGUUUGCACACAUUGAUUUAGUAAAUAUGUAUAAAAAAGCAAAGGAAUAUGACAAAGCAGAAGAGACAUUCGAAAAAGCUUUAAACAUUAAAAAUCUAAUAGCUGAAGAAAAGCAGCAACUCCAUUUCAUGUAUGGACAGUUUCAAGAAAAUUGCAGAAAAUCAGAAGCUGAUGCUAUAAAACAUUAUAAAGAAGGGCUAAAAAUACCAGAAAAUACAAGAGAGCGACGACAGUGUGAAAAUGCUUUGAAAACGUUAGCGAACCGAAUGGUAAAAACAGACGCCAGUGAUGCCUAUGGAUUUAGUUUGCUCGGGUUCAUUUAUAAGCUCAAUCAAAAUAAGUUGGAUGCAAUUGAAUGUUAUGAGAAAGCAUUGAAGUUUGACCCAAAUAACGAAGAAUAUCUGAGUGAGCUCUGUGACCUGAAACUUAAUGUAGGUUAGAAAUACCUAGAUUAUAACAGAAGACAAGAACAAUACAAAACAUCAAGUCCACCAUUGUUAUACACUUCUAAAUAUGCCUCUUCCUGCUUAUUAUUCUGUCACAUUUACCUAGAAACUAGCAGCUUCUCAAACAGUAUGUUUAUAGUAUUUAUUUACAUUGGGUCAGUACAUUUUAAUAAACACAUUAUUAUUUGUGUUUUUUUUUCUAUUCAAUGACAUUAACAUGUAAUAUUUUCACUAGAUGACAAGGGGUUAAACACAUAGCUAAAUGGAAAGUAAAGUUUUUUUAAAAGGGAAGGAUGGGAGUGAGGAUUAUUGUGGAUAUAAAUUGUUUCUAUAUUCCCUCUUACUGAGGUCGCGACUAAUAUACGGUAUAUCAAGUGCUUAUGUAUUCACUACUGCACAGUAUUCAUUCAUUUCAGGCAGAGUUGUGUUUUUAAAUACUGUGGAGCAGCAGAUUAUCGUUAUUAUUUUUGUUAAUGUUAUUAAAGGGACACUGAACCCAAAUUUAUUCUUUUGUAAUUCAGAUAGAGCAUGCAAUUUUAAGCAACUUUCUAAUUUACUCCUAUUAUCAAAUUUUCUUCGUUCUCUUGCUAUCAUUAUUUGAAAAAGAAGGCAUCUAAGCUUUUUUUUGUUUCAGUACUCUGGACAGCACUUUUUUAUUGGUGGAUGAAUUUAUCCACCAAUCAGCAAGGACAACCAAGGUUGUUCACCAAAAAUGGGCCGGCAUCUAAACUUACAUUCUUGCAUUUCAAAUAAAGAUACCAAGAGAAUGAAGAAAAUUUGAUAAUAGGAGUAAAUUAGAAAGUUGCUUAAAAUUUCAUGCUCAAUCUGAAUCAUGAAAGAAAAAUUUUGGGUACAGUGUCCCUUUAAACAUUAAAGGGAUAUGAAACCUAACAAUUGUCUUUUGUGAUUCAGACAGAACAUAACAUUUUAAAAAAGUUGCAUUUUACUUCUAUUAUCAAAUGUGCUUAGUUCCCAUUAUAUUCAGUGUUGAAGAGAUACCUAGGUAGCAUCUGGAACACUAAGUGGCAGGAAAUAGUGCUGCCAUCUAGUGCUCUUGUAAAUGGAUAACAUUCUUGCAAAACUGCUGCCAUAUAGUGCUAUAGAAAUGGGCCUGCUCCUAAGCAUAUGUCGCUGCUUUUCAACAAAAGAUACAAAGAGAAUGAAGAAAAAUUAUAAUUAAAGUAAAUUAAAAAGUUGUUUAAAAUGACAUACAUUUUGGGUUUUCUGUUUCUUUAAGCUUUAUUUACAUAAAUAAUCUUUUCUUUUUGUGCUUACAAACAUUCUUAAAUUGACCUUUCCUACAUCGGUAAUGUAAUGUGUAUUUAAGUACAUUUAAUGCUGCAGCACUCUUCUGGAUGCUUACCCCUGAUACUAAUAUUUAUAACAAGGUCAUCCAGAAGGUGAAACAAACCUUAAGUAAUUAAGAUAGGACCCUUUCUUUAUUUUCUCUAACUUACUUAUAUUAUCAAAUUAGUUUUAUUCUCUUUUCAUCCUUUUUAUAAAGAGUAAACCUAGGUGGGCUGAUAGGAGCUUAGGAGUGUGCACAUCACUUUAGCAGUCAAUGGCAGUAGUGUUUGCUACUGUAUAAAUAAACAUUGCUGCGAAAAGGGCUGCCAGGUGGCUAAAGAAACGUGCACGCUCCUGUUUAACUAAGGACACCAAGAGAACUAAGCAACAUUGAUAACAAAAGUGAAUUGGAAAGUUGUUUAAAAUGUCAUUCUCUAUCUGAUCCAUUUAAAGAGACAGUCUAGUCAAAAUUAAACUUUCAUGAUUCAGAUAGGGCAUGCAAUUAUUUUAUCAUCAAAUUUCCUUUGUCCUCUUGGUAUUCUUUGUUGAAAGCUAAACUUAGGUAGGCUCAUAUGCUAAUUUCUAAGCACUUGGAGGCCGCCUUUUAUCUCAUUUUGGACAGUUUUUCACAGCUAGACAGCCCUAGUUCAUGUGUGCCUAGAUAACAUUAUUCUCCCCCUGUGGAUUUACCUAGAAGUUAGUACUGAUUGGCUAAAAUGCAAGUCUUUCAAAAGAACUAAGAUAAGGGGGAAGUCUGUAGAGCAGACAUCUAGAGGUUUUGGAACUACAUUUCCCAUGAUGCUCAGCCAGCAUAUCAGAGGAUGUCUGCUGUAGAGGCUUAGAUACAUAGUAAUCACAGAGGUAAAACAUAUAUUAAUAUAACCUUUUUGGUUAUGCAAAACUGGGGAAUGGGUAAUAAAGGAAUAAACUAUUUUUUGAAACAAAAAAAAAAAUCUGGAGUAGACUGUCCCUUUAAGUUUAAUGUUGACUUUACUUUCCCUUUAAUUAACUUAAAAAAUACACUUUAAAGUCAGAGUUAUAAAACAGAGAACAGCUUUUGUUCACUUCAACAAGGCUAUAUAUUUUUUAAUACAUAAACUCAUCUUGUGACACAAAAAGAUAUCUUAUUUUUCUUGUAUAUCUGCGUGUCUUGCACAUUACUUUACCAAAAGGUUCAAAAGGAACUAACAGGUCAUAGAGCAGGGCUAAGCAAAAACAGCCAGCAGCAGAGAGGCAAAAUGUUCUCAAUACAAUGGGGGGUGUAACCAUAGAGAUUAGGGUUAUUUUGUAUCCGGCCACUGGCAACAUGUCUGAAGCACAAGACAUGCGGAAUAUUCACGUGCUAAGUAUUUGUGGUUAUCUAAAGUGUUCUCAUCCAAAUUAUUGGAAUUGGAAAACUCUCUCUUCUAGCAGAGUUUUAACUUUAAAACUUUUAAGGAGUUUAUCCCUGGAGUGCUCUGAGAUAGCAGAACCAUGGCUAAAAUUGCCAAUGGCCUGUGUGUACUUCAGAAUUGACCCAAUCUGAUUUUAAGAAAAAAUCACUAAGCAUAUCUAUUUAAUUUUUGAUAUAUGUUUAAAAAACACUAUGGUUCCUUUCAGUUGAAAACACAUUUCAUUAUUACAUGCACAGAGCAUUAACAAAUGCUGCAUGUGAUGGUAUAUACACAUUUAAUUACGCUAUAUUUAACACGAGCAAUUGCAUUAUAAAACUCUCUCCCACUGUUAUUUUGCACACAGUUUCCUAAGCCUAUCUGUAUAAUUUGACAUCUUAUAAUUCAUAUAUUAUUAUUAUUGAGGAUGGGGAUCUCUAACAGCAAAUCUUUUAUUAAAAUUAACAAAAAAGCUGAGAAAUUGUAUUGAUUUUUUUCCCAAUGUCAAAUUAUUGAUUGAUAUUGAUAUUGAUCCUUCAUGUCAUUUUCUAUAAGAGCAAAUGUUUGUUUUUCAUAAGUUCAACUUCACUAACUGCUAUAAUUGUUAUAUUUUAUUUGUAAAAAGUAAUUUCACCUCCUAAUAAAAAAUACAUUAGUAAUAUACAGAGCUGAAUACUAUUUAAUUUAAUUCAUCUGUCUCAUUUCAUUUGUUUAUUGAUUAAAGGGACAUGAUACUAAACCAUUUUCAUGAUUCAGAAAGAGCAUGUGAUUUUAACUUUCCAAUUUACUACUAUUGUCUAAUUUGCUUCAUUCUCUUGUAUCCUUUGUUGAAUGAGCAGUAAUGCACUACUGGGUAUAUGCAGUCACCAAUCAGCAGCUUCUGAGCAUACCUACGUAUACUUUACAACAAAACAUACAAAGCAGUGAGCCUUUUAAAGCUAGCCCCAGUAACAAAACAAAUUAGAUAAUAGAAAUAAAUUAGAAAGUUAUUUAAAAUUGCACACACUAUCUGAAUCAUGAAAGGAAAAAAUUGUGUUUCAUGUCCCUUUAACUAUAAACACAGAGAUCACGAAAUGAUAUUGUUUUUGAUAAAUCAAGAAAAUGUUGUUAUAUUAAUUAUGUUCAAUGUCUCAGUUUAUUUAGAUUCAUGUUGUUGCUCAUAUCCCUAAUGAAGAAUAAAAUGUAAUAAAAGCAA